UUCUGCAUAUAAGAGCUGUGGCUCAUGGAUCAACUUCACCUUUAUUUGCUCAAUGCUGGGCAUGUGGACUAGUGUAGAGUGCUGGUCUUAUUUCUACUCAAACAACACAAUGACUUGGAAAAAUGCACGAAGCUGGUGUCAGGAGCACUACACAGAUAUGGUGGCAAUCCAGAACCAGGAGGAGAUCAAACAUCUCAACAACUGGCUGCCCAAGAAAGACGACUACUACUGGAUUGGGAUCCGUAAGAUCAAUAAUGUCUGGACCUGGGUAGGAACCAACAAGCCUCUGAGAGAGGAAGCAACCAACUGGGCAGAAGGAGAACCUAAUAAUGGUGACAGUAAAAUAAGUGAGGACUGUGUGGAGAUGUACAUUAAAAGGGAUCAGCAGCGAGGCAAGUGGAAUGAUGAGAGCUGUGAGAAAUUAAAGACUGCUCUGUGCUACACAGGUGAGCAAAAGUUUGUGAAUGUUGGAGUUGUGCAAUGUAGCAAAGACGAGGUGAUCAUCCCAGAUAAUGGAUAUGUAAAUUGCUCUCACAAGCAUGGCAAUUUCUCCUAUGACUCCUUGUGCCGGUAUUCCUGUGAGGAAGGAUACAAGCUGAGUAUGCAGAGACCUCUGAGGUGCACUUCCUCUGGAAAAUGGUCAGAAAAGCCCCCUACAUUUUGUUUGGUUCAGUGUGACAGGCUGUCUGAGCCUGCAAAUGGAUCCAUGAAGUGCUCUGAUCCGCUUGGCGCGUUCAGCUACCAGUCCACCUGUGUUGUUACCUGUGAUGAAGGCUAUGAACUGUCUGGUUCUCUGUCUCUGCAAUGUGAAGCAUCAGGACAUUGGAGUGCAUCUCAGCCAUUGUGUGUUGCUGUCCAGUGCCCUGCUCUGCACGAUUUGGAAAAUGGCUUUGUCAGCUGUGGAGAAGACACAGAUAUGAGGUUCAGCUACAAAAACACCUGCAGCUUCAGUUGUGCCCAAGGUUACCGCAUGGUGGGACCCAGCAGGGCGACAUGCACAUCAGCAGCUACAUGGAGUCAGCAGAUGCCUCACUGUGAAGCCAUCAUUUGUCAGAAUCCAGAGAGAGGAGCUCCCCUCAUCACACAGUGCAGCGAAUCUUUGACUGAACUGCGACCAAACUCCACCUGCAGCUUCAGCUGUGAAGAAGUCUUUGAACUGCAGGGAGCAAACACCAUUCAGUGUUCUGAGGAUGGACAGUGGAAUAAAGACAUACCUACCUGCAAAGGUCUGGAAACCCAUUUUAAAUAA